UCCUAUUCGACCAGAAAUCUCUGGUUAAAAAGUCUUUGGGCCUAAAUAAUUAUCAUUUCAGAAAGUUCUGUUUUUUCUCCGGUGAAAACAUCUCAUGUGGUAACAGUUCUUGUGGAUUUCGAUCUUGAAAUUUGCUUUUAACUGAAUUAACAUCGGACUCAAUUCAUUAAGAUUUGAUCCCAUUUCUGGCUUUUUAGACUUAAACAUUUCUACACGUUUUUGAAUUAUUAAUUAGUGGAAUCAUAAUUAUGUCUUUUACCGAUUUACCAGAUAAUUGUCUUUGGAAGAUUUUCGAAAAUGUCAAUGGGACAAUAGAUUUGAUUCAAUUUUCUAAAGUUUGUUCGAGAUGGUCCGAUUUAAUUAGGCUAAGAUUUAAUCGAGUAAAAUAUUGUAUCGAAAAUAAAGUUGAUUAUAUUGAUGAAAACAGUUUGUGGAUUAAUCAUAAUACGAAUUGGAAUGAUUACAAUUUAUUUGAAUUGUUUCCGAAUAUUAAGAUUAUAGAUACUGCGACCUAUGGUUACAAUUCAUCUUUAAAUUUACCAGAAAUUGUCAAAAAUAAUCCUCAAAUAAAGGGAUUUAUUGGACAUUUUGAUUUCAAAGAAAACCGUUAUGACUUAUCAAAUAUCGAAAUGUUCGCUUCAGAGUUUAAUUUCGAUUAUAAAAAAGUUUUUCGACCUGAUCAGUUGAAACAAGUUUGCUGCUACUUUUUUGAUAUGUAUGAACUUCCUUCAUUCAUUGAAUAUUUUCAGAAUUUGAAGCGACUCCACUUAGAACUCUGUGCAGCGGACGGUGUUUUUUACAAUGGACCGACUUUGUCUUUGUUAAAGAUUCUUGAACUUGGGACAUACGAUUUUGUUGAACAAUUCACCGGAUUUCAUUUCAUGGAUUUUUGUCCAUCUUUGGAAAGCGCUUUCUUCACUUGUUGGGCAAAGGAUCUUUAUGUAGAUGUAUCUAUAAAGAAUUACAAUCUGAGAGAUUUGGUGAUUGAAGAUCGGACGGUGUUUUUUACAAUGGACCGACUUUGUCUUUGUUAAAGAUUCUUGAACUUGGGACAUACGAUUUUGUUGAACAAUUCACCGGAUUUCAUUUCAUGGAUUUUUGUCCAUCUUUGGAAAGCGCUUUCUUCACUUGUUGGGCAAAGGAUCUUUAUGUAGAUGUAUCUAUAAAGAAUUACAAUCUGAGAGAUUUGGUGAUU